AUGGCCAACACCACCGACACGGCGGCGGCGGCGGCUCUGAUCGAGGAGUCCAAAAAGGCCGCGGCCUGCCAGGCCGUCGACGACUACCUGCUGGCCUCGCACAAGUAUGUCGGCAUCGGGUCCGGCAGCACCGUCGUGCACGUCGUCGACGCCAUCCGGGCCAAGGGCGCGUCCUUUUACGGCGACAUGACCUUUAUCCCCACCGGCAGCCAGUCCCGGGGCCUGCUCACCCGGGCCGGCCUCCGCAUGCGCAACCUCGACGAGCGCCCCGUCGUCGGCGGCAGGGCCGUCGCGCUCGACGUCGCCUUUGACGGCGCCGACGAGGUCGACGAGGAGCUCAACCUCAUCAAGGGCGGCGGCGCCUGUCUCUUCCAGGAAAAACUCGUCGCUGCUGCUGCCAAGCAGUUUGUUGCCGUGGCCGAUUCGCGCAAGCAGUCCCCCCGCCUCUGCACAAAGUGGAAGGCCAUCCCGAUUGAAGUCCUGCCCAUGGCCGCUCCGGAUGUGCUCAGCAGGCUCAGUGACAUGGGCUCGACCAACCCCGUCGUGCGGUCCGGGCUGCCCAGCAAGGCCGGCGAGUGCGUGAGCGACAAUGGCAUGUGGAUCAUUGACGCGCCCUUUCCCGCGCUGCUGCUGCCCAAGGACCUCAAGGACGGCCAGGACGGCGCCGGCCAGGGCGGCGUCUGGGAGGUGAGCAAGCUUGCCGACGCUCUCAUCAAGCUGCCCGGCAUCGUCGAGAUUGGCCUCUUCUACGGCUUCAACGGCGACGAGGCUGUCAAGACGAACCAGCUGCUCCCCGCGCAAAAGCCCAUUGCCGCCUACUUUGGCUUGCCUACCGGCGAGGUCCACGUACAAAAAGCAGGAUGA